AUGGAGAAAGGCGUCCAAAGGAUGGAGAGGCACCCUUCCGACGGGACUAAGAUCAGGUGUCUGCCGCCGAAGUCAGGUCACGGCGGGAAGUACACGUGGGAGGGGGCAGCUCGGAUGGAGGAUUACAAGAUGCAGCCGGAUCCGUCGGUGAUGGACGAAGGCGAUCUUAAUUACGAUGAGGAGAAUAUCGGGGGUGGUGGUGGUGAUGACAUGGCGGUGGAGGUUGGGAAAGGUGAGGUUGAGGUGGCGAAGGAGGCGCCGGGAGGUGUGGCUAGGGCGGAGGUUGAUCCUCGCUUGAUCAGUCUUCCUUGAGUUGCUAGGACAAGGGAGAAAGUGUUGGGGCGAAUUUGAGAAGGGAGUGAAACUUUGGGGGUUUGAUUUUUAAUUUGAGUUUGUGACAUUUUAACAUCAUACCCCAAACUAAACAGAAAAAUAUCUCUCAGAGAUCGCAGAAGAAGAAAACAAAAUCAUGAUCGACCUCGGAGAAGAAGAA